CACUGCACUUUCCUGUUGGCUUUCAGCUGCCCCGCCAGUUCCAGGGAGGGCCCUGGGCCAGUGGCUGCCCCCGCCUUCAUAAACGGCUGGCGGGCCUUGGGGAAGCCUGCACAGCUGCCCAGCCUGGAGACACAGAGAAGCCCUGCCCUAUUUUCCGCUUCCCCCGCGGGCAGCUUAGACCAUGGGAGGCCUCCACAGCGUUGCCUUGUUCGUCUUUCAGGUGCUGUGUGUCUUGCUGACUCUGUCAGAAGCUGGGUCCCAGAACACCAUGGCCUGUGCUCCGUGGUGCCCUGAGAACUCCUCAUGUAUCAAUGACACCACCUGCCGCUGCACUCCGGGAUUCAUUUCUUCAUCUGGGGAGAACUUCACCAACCCCUCGGAGAGCUGUGAUGACAUCAAUGAGUGCGGACCACCCAUGGCAGUGUCCUGUGGAAAAUUAGCAGACUGCCAGAACACGGAAGGGGGCUAUCACUGCAUGUGCAGCCCAGGAUAUGAGCUUAUUUCUGGGGCAGCAAUGUUCAAGAAUGGGAAUGAGAACACGUGUCAAGAUGUGGAUGAAUGUCAGCAGAAACCCAAAGUCUGUAAAGGCCACAGCAUCUGCAUCAAUACCCAGGGCAACUACACCUGCCAGUGCCCACCCGGCUUGGAGCUCAACCUGAAGGACCCAAGACUAUGCACACAUGUGAAGGAAUGUACCUCGGGGAGAAACCCAUGCCACGCCUCCAGCCACUGCUUCAACCUCGUGGGCACCUAUAAGUGCCACUGCCGUCCAGGCUGGAAGCCAAUUCCUGGGGCCCCCAGCGGCCCAAACAACACUGUCUGCGAAGAUAUGGAUGAGUGCAGCUCCGGGCAGCAUCAGUGUCACAACUCCACCAUCUGCCUCAACACCGUGGGUUCAUACACGUGUCACUGCCGCCCAGGCUGGGUGCCCAAACCCGGAUUCCAGGAUGAGCAAAUGGGCACCAUCUCCUGCGAAGAGAUCUCCUUCCCCACCUGGACCGCACCCCCUGAAAUCAAGAGCCAGAGUCUCUCUGGCUUCUUUGAAAGAGUCCAGAAAAUGAGGAUAGACUUCAAGUCAGCCUUGACCCAGGAAACCAUGCAGUACCUCAUCAUGUCAGUGGAUGACCUGUUGAAAACCCCAGGGGACCUGGAGGCCUUGGACCUGUCUUCCAGGCACCACACAGCCACCUACCUGUUCUCAGGCCUCGAACAAAUCCUGAGGACCCUGGCCAAAGCCAUGUCUGGAGGCUCCUUCAUCUACCAUUCGCCUGGGGACACAGAGCUGUCCCUGGUGGUCCAGGAGCAGGGGAGUGGAAACAUCACUGUGGGCCAGAGCCAUGCACAGAUGCUGCUGGACUGGGCCGUGGCAGCUGGAGCCGAGAAGUCCGGCCCCACCGUGGUAGGAAUCCUCUCCAGCCCGAACAUGCAGAAAUUGCUGGCCAACGCCUCUUUGGACCUGGACUUGGAGAAGCAGACCGAGCUGGAAGAGAUCUACGAAAGUCCUGUCCGCGGCGCCCAGCUCAGGCUUCUUUCAGCCGUCAACUUGGUCUUUCUGAGCAACACGAACACAGAUAAACUCAGCUCCAAGGUCACCUUCGCCUUCUCCCACCCUUGGGAGAUGCCCGGGACACGGCAGGAGCUGAUCUGUGCCUUCUGGAAGAGUGACAGCAACAGGAGAGGGUACUGGGCCACCUCAGGCUGCCAGACGCUGGGCAGCAGGAAUGGUAGCACCACCUGCCAAUGCAAUCACCUGAGCAGCUUUGCCAUCCUCGUGGCCCACUACGAUGUGGAGGACUGGAAGCUGGCCCUGAUCACGAAGGUGGGACUGGCUUUGUCACUGGUCUGCCUGCUGCUGUGCAUUCUCACCUUCCUGCUGGUGAGGCCCAUCCAGGGCUCGCGCACCACGGUGCACCUGCACCUCUGCAUCUGCCUCUUCGUGGGCUCUACCAUCUUCCUGGUGGGCAUUGAGAACGAAGGCGGCCAGAUUGGGCUGCGCUGCCGCCUGGUGGCCGGGCUGCUGCACUACUGCUUCCUGGCCGCCUUCUGCUGGAUGAGCCUCGAGGGCGUGGAGCUCUACUUCCUCGUGGUGCGCGUGUUCCAAGGCCAAGGCCUGAGAAAGCGCUGGCUGUGCCUCAUCGGCUACGGCGUGCCGCUGUUCAUCGUGGCCGUCUCGGCAGCCAUCAAGAGCCAGGGCUACGGCCGCCCCCAGUACUGCUGGUUGGACCACGCCAACGGCUUCCUCUGGAGCUUCCUGGGACCUGUGACCUUCAUCGUUUUGUGCAAUGCUGUCAUCUUCGUGAUUACUGUCUGGAAGCUCGCUCAGAAGUUUUCUGAAAUCAACCCAGACAUAAAGAAACUAAAGAAGGCCAGGGUGCUGACCAUCACUGCCAUCGCCCAGCUCUUUGUGUUGGGCUGCACCUGGGUCUUCGGCCUGUUCCUCUUUGACCAACGUAGCUGGGUGCUGUGCUAUACCUUCAGCAUCCUCAACUGCCUGCAGGGCCUCUUCCUCUUUGUGCUGUACUGCCUCCUCAACAAGAAGGUGAGGGAGGAAUACCGGAGGUGGGCCUGCAUGGUCACCAGGAACAAGUACUCCGAGUUCGCCACAUCCACCUCUGGGUCUGGCUCCAGCCAGAGUCAGACUCAGGCCCUCAGGCCCUCAAAGUCUGGCAUGUGAAGGCACGGUUCUGGCCGGGCCAGCGGCUCCCGUGGCCUCCGCAGCUCCUGCGCAUGCUGAAGACCUCCUCUCCUCUCCUCUCCCACUGCUCUGCUCCCUCCUGCCUUGGUCCCCAUACGCACCAUGGAGAGGAGGGUGACAACUGCCAUCUGGCACCGAACUCCAGAAUACCCAGCCAGGGUGGAGAGUCGGACCUACUGGGCCUGCUUCUGGCUGCCUCUCAGCUCCACCCCAGCCAGGACCCAGGGUAGGGGCAGAAGCUGGCCCAGGACUGCAGCCCCUUGCCCUGGUACACAAGGCCCAGACAGACUGAGGGCUCCUGUGCCCAGCCUGGCCCUCCCCGCUCAUCUGUCUUUCCUACAGAACAAGAGGCCAGGGUGCUGGGACUCAGCACCAGUUAAGCUAAGCUAAGACUGAGGUCAGGGGUGGGAGAAGGGAAGGGCAGAAGGCUUAUGGUACAGAGGCCCAUCUGCCCCCAGGGCAGAGGGUUCUCACUGAUGUGAAGGCUGUGGAUACUGUAUAAUGUUUUUUAUCUGUAUAAACCUUUCAGUGUUGACACUUAAAAUUAAACAUCACGUUGACAUAGAAAGUGGCAUUUCUUCCUG